AUGGGAAAGACUGUGAACAGCGUUCAGCGGGCUAUAGGCCUCAAAGCGCACCCAGACGGUGGCGAAGAUCAGCUGACACAGUCGCCAAUCACCGAAUAUGCCUUUCGUCAGUAUCUGAAUAAUGUUGGACGCGUAAUCGACCUUAAACAGCUAUGCUGGCACAUAUUCCGUGGUGGACUUCAGCCUGAACUUCGUAAAAUUGGUUGGCGUCUACUGCUCUCCGUAUUCCCAUCUGAUACAUCUGGUCAGGAGCGUAUAUCACUUCUCGAGAGCAAAACUAGACAAUAUCUUGUUUUGAAAGAAACAUGGAAACGUGCGUAUGUGCGUGGCCUGCUGACAGAAAAACAACUGGCCACAUUGGCUUCCGUGAGCAUUGAUGUGGUUCGUACGGACUGGAGACUACAGGAGAUAAUGAACGAAUAUGAUCCCGGCGAAUCUGUUGAUAGGGAAGAAUCGGUUUUGUCUUGCGGAUUGAAUCCGCGAUCGAAAGAUGAUUAUUAUUAUACAUCGCAACCUGCAUCUUUGGGCUCACGGGACAAACUAGGCAGUACGUAG